UGCCGUAGUGGGAACCCGUGUGACGAACGUAGGAUGGGCAUUCUGAUAGGAGCUCUGCUUGGCGACGGUUCAACCCUGCGCAGACGUCCAUCCAGCUCGAAAUAGGUCAUCCAGUCAACAGAGCUUAUAGCAAGGGGAGAUAAUUUCAUACUUUCGCGCUCUCAGUCAUAAUGGCGGAGCCCGCUUCAUCAAUGGACCAACCUAGUGAUAGCCCGGGUGAAUAUACUGGGCCAGAGAAAUGCGAGGAAAAGAUAGUAACAGCCGAAGAUGAAGUUAUAACAGUGCCAUCAGACGAGAGUGAUAUUCAAGAAAAGUCUCCGGUGGAUUUUCUUCAAGCAUGCGCCCGCUGUAGCAAGCUUUUCUCUGAGACGAAAUGUCUUCCUAAACUUUUGCCGUGCCUCCAUUCUCUGUGUCCUGAUUGUGUUUUACCAAAGAAGGAUGACCAAGAAAUCAAUGGACCCAUCACUGUUGAUGCAGUUCAAAAGUGUCCUUGCUGUGAGAAAACAUACGAUCCCGCCAACCUAUGCGACAAUCUCUUUGUCCAUGAGCAGCUACAGAAGGAUGCCAAACCCGAAGAAACUGUUGAUGGAGAGACGAGCAUCCAUGAAUGCACAGCGUGUGAGGAGAAGGAGAUCGGGACCUCCUUCUGCCUGGAGUGCAUGGAGUGGCUAUGUGAACAAUGUGUGACAGCACACAGACGGGUCCGUGUCACAAAGGACCACAAGAUUGUCCCGAAAGAAGAGGCCCCUGUUUCCGACACCGGCAAGCAGACAGAAUCUUCACUGUACUGUAAACAACACAAACAAGAAAAGCUUAUGUUCUUCUGUGAAUCGUGCGAUAUUCUCACAUGUCGAGAUUGUCAGCUUGUGGAGCAUAAGGACCACAAAUAUCAGUUUCUAGAUGUUGCUGCGGCAAAUUACAAGAAGUUGCUACAAGAUCACAUGUUUCACAUGUCAGAGCGAGCAAAGAAACUAGGUCAAGUUCAUCAGGUCAUUGAGUCCAAGAUUCAACAGGUGAAAGAUCAACAUUCACAGAUUGUAAAAGCAGUACAAUCUCAGGCAGAUUUGCUGAUCAAGCAGAUUAUUCAGAGUGCAAGGCAGUUGCUUCAGAAUGUUAAGACGGCUUGUGAAGCCAUGGCAAAGAAAUUGUCUAAGGAAUCAAUAGAACUUAACAAGAUUCUUGGGAAGUAUGAAUAUUGCUCCAGCUUUUUACAAGAGAUUAUGAAAGAGGGAAGCAACAUGGCAUUAUUGUCUUCUGAGGCAUUGGUCUUGAAAGAAUGUGGUAGGAUUUAUACCAGCCCCAUAGAAGCUCAGACAGUAAAGAGUCAGUUUGUUGUACAGUACAAACAUGACAAUCAGUUUCUUUUCGCUAAUCUCCACCGAUUUGGUGCGAUCUUUGUGAACAAUUCACGUUACCAUCCCCAAGACAAAAACAACUCCAAUCAAUCUGCUCCGAGUCAACAUUCCUACCCCAAUCCUCCUGCAUAUAGCACCAACCAGAUUCUUGCCGAACACGACAAGGUCAAACGUCAAAAGAUGUUGCUAGCUCUCCAGCAGGCUGCUAAUCACAUCAGCAACAAUCCCCACAUGCAGUCACUUCUGCAGCAGAAGCAACAAAAUCAUGCCCAGCAGCAACAGUCUGGAGUACCUACCAGUGUCUCCAACCUGGUGUCUCAAAUGAGAAUGAGCACUGCACAGAAUAAUGGCUGGCCAAGGCAACAGCAAGUGGCAAAUCUGAACGUUCAAACUCUAAACAUGCAGCGUGCAUACCAGCACCAACAGCAGCAGCAGCAGCAGCAACCAUUUCAACCAAUGAGGCUGCAACAUCGUCCCGCCACACAGCAGAGUGUUUAUGCGAACUCCCAGCAUAGCCAGCAACCUACCCAGACGGUCAACACUCAGUUUAAGAUUCAGCUUCAGCAACAGCAGCAACAACAACAACUGCAACAACAACAACACUCUCAAGCAAGCAGAGGUCCUCCUCCACUGAUCCGAAGUCCGAACCAGAGCAGCACUCCACCGAACAACAGUAGCAGCGGCAACAGCAACAAUGGCAGCCGUCCCUCUUCAGCUGGUUCCUCGGGAUCGGCAUCUGCCCAGAGACCUUCCAGUAAUGAGAACAGCACACUGCCAGGUGGUGUGAGCAUCAAACAGGAGAGACGAUCAAGCUUUGAGAUGGACUGUGUCAUUACAGGAGCAGAAGUCAAGGGAGAAAAGACAUCUUCAUCUUGCUCAGGGUCCACCCCCAAGCCAGCGCCCGCGACUAGCCCUGGAGCACCACCUGUCCCCGCAAAUAACCCCCCAGCUGCCGCUGCCUCCGCCGUACCCCCACCAGUGAGUGCCCCCACUGAUCUCAUGGAAAUUAUGGACGAUAAAGAUGCCGAGAAGAAUCUAGAUGACGUAUUGGACAAAUUACCCAUGGAGCUUGAACUGGGAGAGACUUUUGAAGAAAUCGAUGCUUCUCUUCUCACUGCCAACAACCUCAACAAACAGCUAAUCAACGCGGCGCAGCUGACCAAGAAAACGGUCGAGUCACCAGGGAAGAACGGUGCCACCACCAUGUUCCCAGACAUGAGCUUCAGCGACCCAAACGAGGACUACUGUGCCUGCUGCCACAAUGGUGGAGAGGUUCUGUGCUGUGACACGUGCCCCCGUGUGUUCCAUCUGCAGUGUCACAUCCCUCCUCUCAACGCUGUACCAAACGGAGUGUUUGUAUGUACGCUGUGUGUGACGGGAGACAAUAUCCGCAUCAACAGUCCCACGCCUGAUGAGCUGCUCAGCAAUGGCACAAAACGGAAGGCGCCAGGAGGUUUAGGGGAAAUGGAAAUUAAGGUGUGUGAGAGGAUGAUGCUCGAGUUGUUCUGUCACCCCAGCAGUGUUGCCUUCCAUGAACCCGUCAGCAAACAGGUUCCAAACUAUUACAAGAUCAUCCAGGUGCCCAUGGAUUUCACCACCAUCAAGUGCAAGUUGUCACGGCAACACUUCAACCAUUACAACUGUAUAGAAGACUUUCUAGCUGAUGUGAAACUGGUCUUCCUGAACUGUGCGACCUACAAUCAGGAAAAUUCCGAAGUUGGUAAAGCUGGUAAGACUGUGAGGGGCUUCUUCGAGGAGCUUGUGUUGAAGUAUCUUCCCCACUACAGCACAUUUGCCAAGAAAUACCCUCCCAAGCCCCUCCCAGUUCCAGUGAUCACCAACGAAGAUGGCGUGUCCGACCCCAAGAGACAAAAAACGGAGGACUUGCUUCAUAUUUCAUGAUAUCAGUGUGUCCCUUAGGAACAACGAUCGACAAAACCUCAAGUAAUGAGAAUACUGACUCUCUGGAAGGACGACUGGAUUUCUCACAAAGUCAGUAAUGCUAAUUGAAGUAGAAGACCACUGAAUUACAGUAUGGCCUUGCUGGAAGUACCUCAGAUCUGUGUAGACCAAACUGGUCAUAGAUGAAACUGCCACAGGACUAAUUUCAAGGAAGCUAUUAAGCUUUACACAGAGGCUAGAAGAUAGAAACUAAUACGUUAUGUAGCUAAACCACAAUGGACUUCUGUUCUGCUCAUGACGCUAGUGUUAAACUACUGUCGAGGAGAUUCAUGUGGAAAAAGAUUAACACUUAAAGUGAGAACAAAGAGUGCCACUUGAAGUGAAAACAAACAGUGAUGCUUACAGUAAGAAAAAUGGUGAUACUGAAAGUACCAGGGUAAUGUAAGCCUCCUUUUGGGAAUGAACAACACUUAGAAUGAGUGCAUCAUGCCUGUUUUAGCCAUGUACAAGACUUGUGUUUGUUUAAGAUUCCCUGCCACCUCCCAUUAACAUUGCUCCCAAGUAUUGUGCUGCAUUCAUCUUUUGGAUCACCCGAGUGGAUUGUGGCAAGUGAUGAUUUGACUGUGUAUUUUCAGUAGACUUCUGAAGUCCUGUUUGACAGUAGUGACGUUUGAAGUGAGCUUGUGGAUGAACAAGGAAGAUGUGAUUUGACCAUUUUGCUUCAACAGUAUUUUGAGAAACGUUUGGGCUGUGGCUUUAACCAUGUAAAUUGUCACAAAACUGAAUGGACCUUGACAGUAAGGUUGGGAUGUUGUGCAUGAAAACCUCAGAUUUGUGUGAAGGAAUCAUUUCCAUCAAAGAAUAGCGAGAAACUCACCUAAGACAAAUUAGUCUAUCUUCUAUUAAAUAUAAAGGAUUGAGGCCUCUUUUACAAAGGAGACGCCAUCAGAAAACACCUUCAAUACGAAUCAUCACACCAGCUUUGUAUUUUUCCGAUUCAUGUCAUGGACACUUGGUAAAAUACUCAUACACGAUGUGGUAUAUCAUAUACAGCCUAAGAAUGGACUAAAGUCCGAAGGAAACUAUGAUUUUGUGUUGGAAAAGUUGACUAUGCUCAGCCACUGUACAGACAUCUUUUCUUUUUUUUAAAAAUUUGCUUUAUUUGCUGUUGAAUACAUGAUCUUACAAACUGUACAACAGUAUGAGAUAUCUUGGUACACAAGCUGUGGUGGAUUCGUGAUACUCAUGAUCACCUCAAUGAACACACUGUGCAAAGAUGGCAUUGGUAUUGGUCCUUCAAGGAUAGUCAAAUGUCCUAUAUAAAAUUGAUAAUAUUUUGGCCAUAUUGUGUAUUGAAAGUCAUUUUAGAUCCCAUGUAUUAUCAUGGUUAAUAUAGGUGUGAUGAUACGAUACGUAUCGUGAUAUCUUGGAACGAUUCGAUUCGAUGCAUAUCAGAAUAUGCUUUCUUUAGUUAUUUUCUUUAAAAAAGUAUAUUUUCAUAGCAAGUAACAGUGUAAAUUUUUACUUAACCGUCAAUUUCAAGUGAAC